AUGGCGAACGAGGAUGCUGCCGGUGUUCAAGUCUACAGACAGCUAGUGGACAACCUACUGGAUCGCGCCGCGCAGGCUAAGCCUGACAAGCAGAUCGAACCCCCCUUGACAGAAACACACCUGGGCGAAUCUAUCUGGGAACUCUCUCCAGAGAAUAAGGAGGAUACGAUACACCUGAGCCAGCAGACCAGGCUUGCAGCUGUGGAAAUUGCGUUUCGCGAGAAGUUCUAUCGCGUCUUGGCCUCGACUUCCAUAGACGACCCCGCUUUUAUCCAAAUCUGGAAUCUCCUUGACAUCGUCUCGAUCUUCUCCGAUAAUGACCAAUGCGAACCCGGCCUAAUUUUCUGGCUGAUCGAAGAGCUCUUGGAUAGCCAAACCAUUGAUGGCUGUCGCAAGGUAUUUGACUACUUGGAAUCUCGAAGGGAGAGGAACACCAAGAAACACUUCAAACAGAAAAGCUUGGUCAUUCUACGGUCAUGCAACGAGCUCCUUCGGCGGCUCUCGCGCGCCGAAGAUACAGUAUUCUGUGGCCGGGUAUUCAUUUACCUUUUCCAGAGCUUCCCCCUUGGAGACAAGAGUUCGGUAAACCUGCGGGGCGAGUUUCACUCGGAAAAUGUCACCACUUUCGACGAGAUCGCGAAGGAGACUAUUGAGAAGCAAGAGGAAGAUACAACUAUGACCGAAGGGACUGAAACUGCGACGCCUGGAGAAGCAGAGGCCGGUCAGGCUGAGACCCCUUCUAACCAAACACCAAAAUUGCCUCGAGUUGUUGUUUCCAAGGGUGAUCAGAAGAAGCCAGACGAUGUUGACUUGAAUGCGCUUUAUCCGGUCUUCUGGAGCCUCCAGGCCUUUUUCUCAUCACCGAGCAAGAUGUUCGACGCUGAACGGUUUACAUCAUUCAAGGCUGGAAUGGAAGCUACGCUUGUUGCAUUUAGAAACAUCAACACUGAGAUGGAAAACGAGGGCUCUGCUCGAGCCUCAGAAGAUGCACGGAAAUCAAACAAGCGCCGGCGCAUCGCGGAUGGCACUGAAGUCGCCACCAGCUUCAACCCGAAGUACUUGACUAGCCGGGAUCUGUUUGAUCUCGAAGUCAGCGACACUGCUUUCAGGCGACAUGUUCUUGUACAGGCUCUCAUCCUCCUUGACUUUGUGCUUUCUCUCACAUCAAAGUCCAAAUCACGCCUGGUCAAUACGACGAAUAAGUCCGUUCUCUAUGGCUUUACCCUGAACGAGGAGGACACUACGUGGGCGCUCGACAUGAGGAAAAGCAUCGAGGAAUAUCUCCAAAAAGGGCCAGGGGGGAAGUUCUACUAUCGCAUGGUGGAUACAGUCUUGUCCCGGGACAAGAACUGGGUGCGAUGGAAGGCUGAAGGCUGCCCAUUGAUCGAACGUCCGGCCAUUUCUGCAGCAGAAUAUACGACUUCACGCGAGCAUGCCACCAAGGCUUAUGCCAACAAACGCCUGCGUCCAUCCCCAAUGGGCUCUCUUGAUUUGAAGUUCCUCUCCGACAGUGAAGCUUUGGCCAAUAUCGAGCGUCUCAAGGAAUCCGACCGAUUCGGGGUUCCUUCCGCAGAAACAUUCAUGAAGGGCAUUAUGGACGAUGAAAUGGACAUCGAUAUGGCGAUGACCGAUGAGGACAAGGCAAUUGCCGAAAAUGCGAAGGCCAGCAAGUCUUGGCGGAUCUUGCGUCUUUCUGCGAAAGGAAAACUCGCUGCGUUCGAUAAAAUUGGCGACGGAAACAAUCUACAGGUUUUGUUCGAAAGCCCUACAGCCAAUGAGGAUACUGAGCAAACCGUCUCCGGUGAUGCCAAGGAUCUUCCCCAGUCCCUCGAUGGAGCCCACGACCUGCCUGCUCGAACCAAGGAGUCCGCUGAAGCCACCGAACACGUUGAACUCGAAGAGCCCGUCGAGAACAACGACAAGACUGCUCCUUUUGACCAAUCCGAGAGUGCCCAGGGCCUCCACGCUCACGAUGUACCCCAGGACACAGGUGGUGACCAGGAACUGCAGGUUGAACAUGAAGACGUCAUCGGCGAACAAACACAAGACCCGAGCGCCGUUGACAACAAUGAAGAGACAGAUGCCGCGGCUAGCGCCUCGAAAGAGGACCCGGCCACCGACUCUGCCACCUAA